AAAAUUGAACACGGGAAUAGCGUGACUAAAAUGAAGUCGUCUCUCCACGCACAUCAAUCCAGCUGGUAUGUUCUUUGAUCCUUAUAAACGAAUGCUAUUUAGGCAUUAGGAACUCCUAAAAUCCUUCAGAGCUAUUCUGAUUGUUUCAGAAUAAACUUGAAGCACACUUGAGUACCCAAAUUCCUGAUCUGGUCGAUUUGAUUUUCACUUUUGAAAUUACCAGAUUUGAUUGAGUACCCAAAGGCCCUCUCCUGUUAGUUAAUUCAGUUUUUUUCUGAACUAAUUAACAAAAUACCAUAAUGAACGGGCUGGCAUCAGGAGGUCCUCUCUUACGGUCCGGCACGACAAACCGCCGGGUGAGAAUCAAUGUCGGCGGGAAAAUCUUCGAGAGCACUACGUCUACCCUCCAGUCGGCCGGCAAGUCAUCUCUUUUGGCAAGAUCAGCACCGAGUCUGCCCUCAGACUCCGCCGAGAUCUUUUUUGAUCGCGACCCACGGCCCUUCGCCCUUCUCCUUGCCCUCCUCCGUACGGGCAAGUUGCCUGGGGCGUCGAAGUCAUUUGACCUAGAUGCCUUGGUAGAGGAGGCUGAAUACUAUGGCAUCCUGGAUCUGCUCAAGGCUGCUAUGGUCCCUUCGACAUUGGAUGGCCUGGAUAUUGAUAGGGUUCAGAUGUUAGUUUCCAAUGGGCGGGAUUUCCCUUCGGCCCUUAGUGCAGGGGCUGAUGGGUCACUAUGGGUUGGACAUGGAGGUAAAAUUACGGCUUAUGAUUGGGCCCUUAGGAAGCAGACCACUACACUAACAGAAUUAUACGAGGUCGAUUCCCUGCACAGGAUUUCUGAGAGCCGAGCAGCAGUUGGGUCCAAGGACUUCCCAGGACUUCACAUCUAUGACACAAUGAAUGGCACACAUGUGAAGAGCAUAGCCUGGUCUGAUCGUAAUGAUACUCGUAUAUAUCGAACGUGUGUUCAGUCAGUCACCUCAUCAGAAUCAGCAAUUUUUGCCAGCUUUGAGACUGGGCAGCACACAGACAACGCAAUUCUGAUGGUAGACAAAGAAAAUCUCCAAAUCGUGAAGGAAAUUGGCCGAGAGAAUGGCCGUUCAGCACAUUCAAAAGUGGCCACUAAAUUGAUGUACCUGGGUUCUAAGGACCUGCUCAUGGCUACUGGUGUACAUGGUGGGACAUUUGGUUACAGCAGUUAUACACGGCUCUGGGAUGUGCGGGCCGAUAAAAUUGUAUGGGAAUGGAAAGAGCCUAAUUCAAACGGAGACGCGAGGGUCAUGGAACGCGACAGCUUUGCAGAUGUAACAUACAAUGAAGAUUUAGCUGGUAUUUUUAAGGUGAGUGUAAUGACAGGCAAGUUAGCCAUGGCUGACCUCAGGCACUUGAAGCCCCAGGACCCGUGGAUGCAGAUGACUGAAACCAAUCCUGCCCUGGCAGUUAAUGAUGGGAGACCAGAUACUAAGCUGCUGGGCUAUGGAAAACAGAUAUUUUGUAGCAGAGGUGGUGAUUUGGAAGUAUGGUCUGAGGUUCCUUUAGCAGCUGCCAGAGCGGGUUUGAAUGAGAAAGAGUAUUGGGAGACCUCGUUCAGGAGGAAUUUUAUUGAGCACAGCAGGAGACAUACCGGACAGGAAGUUAUGGCCCUUGCUGCGGGUGGGGAUAGGCUUUUUGUGGCAAGGGCAGAGAUGCAGGGGGUUGAAGUUUGGGAGACUCACCGCCUGGUUUCUUCAGAGGUUGCCCUGUAGAGAGUCCUGGAUAGGAAGGAUGCAUUUUCUUUAUAUGUGUUUGUACAUUGCUCCUAUACUUUUGGAACUUAAUUGUUAUUCUUUGUUUUGGAUGCUCAAGGACGCACUCAAAUGGGCUGCACUGCAAUAUUUAAGUUUGGACAUGGUUUGGGUAGUUUCUAUUCCUUCAAAUUCAUCCAGAAUUUGCACCGUCAUUACUUUUGGGAAGGCCGCAGUAAAUUGAAACCUCAAACCUGUUUUGGAUGCUUGAAGCAACAUGGUCCUUUGGAUUUUAGUGCUGCCUGUAGCUUGAAUAAAUUUUCCAAAUCAGAUGUUACUCCUCUUUGGGAUGCUUUUCAGAACAUUCUCAAUGGCUGCAUGCAGUACAUAUCAUGGGCAUAGACCGGUUUAGAAGUUGGGCCUGAGAAGUAUCUGUACUGUGAAGGUUGCCAAAAAAUUUCAUUCUGAUUCUGAAAGCAAAGGAUCAGGUCAAGCCUCAACGGUGAACCAACGCGCUGUUGUUUCAUCGUUGUGUUAUAUGUUCCCUUUGGCCUUAGUUGUGCAGAGAAAUCAGUAAAAUCAAGGCUCUAGAAUUGACAUCAAGCAUAAAAUGUACAGAAUUUUUUUUUCAUUCACUUUUGUACAGUUUUUUCAAUAUAUUGGAAAAAUAUUUCUUUAAAUUCA